AUGCAGAUGUUGGGUUUCUUCUCAGACAUGCCAAUGGAUCUCAGAGAAGAAGAGUCUAGCCCCCUGGUGAUCAGAGACCGGAAAGGCAGCCAGAGGUCCAGCUCGAGCAUGGCCUCUGGUUUGCAGGUGCAGCUCUACUACUUUCCAGACGCAAAAGAUGCAACAACAAUACAAAUUUCAUCUGGACAAAUAUCUGCAGAGAACAUCUGUAUCAAAGCAGGGGAGAAAUGUGGUAUCUUACCAGUGUACAUCAGUCUUUUUGGUUUGGCAUCUUCUGAUCUGUCAUUCUGGUAUCCUCCAUCACACGUGUUUCACUCAGAUGAAAACCUAAAGGUUCACUUCAGAGUUAGGUUUUUCUUUAAAAACUGGUUUGGCCAAGAAUCAAGAGCAUCGUAUCGCUUCAGUUUGACAAGAGACAAAAUCAGCCCAGUGCUCGACUACAACACCAUUGAUUAUCUAUUUUCUCAGAUGCGAAGUGAUUUUGUUGCCAGCCAAGCAGGAAUCGCUCCACCUUUGAGUGCUCAAGAGGAAUGCCUCGGCCUUGCUGUGCUGGACUUAUGGAGAAUGGCUAAAGAGCACCAUCAGAGUGUAAGAGAGCUGUGCAAGACUGUCAGCUAUAAAUCAUGCCUUCCCAAGUCACAUCGCCACGACAUCCAGAAACGAAACCGCCUGGACCGUUUUCGGAUUCGAAAAUCCCUGAAGCGUUUCAUGAAGAAGCUUGGAAACUGCUCGGUGGACGUGUGCAGCCUGAAACUUAAAUACUUGAUUGAACUGGCCGGCAUCGAGCCCUCUUUGGGAAGUGAGACCUUCCACGUGAAUUGUUUUUCCUCCUACUCAAACACAAGUUUCUCUCUUGUGCGCGUCAAUGGAGAAACUGGAAUUCAAACCAGCGAAAAUUGUCAUCCUGAUGGGAACCUGGAGUGGCUGACCUUUUGUGAUUUCCAAGAGAUUGUAGACAUCAGUAUAAACAGCCAAGAGCAGGCUCCACAGGACAGCAGGAUGGUCACAAUAACUCGCAAGGAUGACAGAUGCUUGGAAGCCAAGUUCCAGAGUCUGAAAGAGGCGCUCUCGUUCGUGUCUCUUGUUGACGGCUACUUCAGACUCACCACAGACUCCAGCCAUUUCUUCUGCCAAGACAUUGCGCCGCCAUGUAUUCUAGAGGGCCUCAGCAACCGCUGUCAUGGGCCAAUCACAUCGGAGUUUGCAGUCAACAAGCUGAAAAAGCUGGGAGGUAAAGGUGGGACCUUCCUGCUCCGGCAGAGUCCCAAGAGCUAUAAUAACUUCUUCCUUACGGUUUGCACUCAGACCCCUCUUGGACUUGACUAUAAAGACUGUCUCAUUAUUAAAAAUGAGAAAUACAGUCUUCUUGGAGUUCAGAAAGCAUUUUCCAGCUUGAGAGAACUCAGCGGCUACUACCAACACAACAAGCUGCUGAUGGCUGAAUGUCCUGUCAAGUUAACUCGCUGCUGUCCACCUCAACCUAAAGAGCUCACAAAUCUAAUAAUCAUAAGAAACAGCAGCUUGGUUGAGCAGGGAUCCCCAACACCCGAAAGGAACAAAUUCAGUCACAUUCAGUUCCACACGAUCAAAUACGAAGACCUGAAAUGUAACGAGAGCCUUGGACAGGGCUCGUUCACUCGAAUUUUUAAAGGUGAAAAAAUUGACGCUCGUGAUGGAGAAAACCACACGACAGAAGUUCUUCUGAAGGAGCUCGACCCUGAUCACAGGAACUGCUGGGAGUCGUUCUUUGAAGCUGCCAGCUUGAUGAGCCAGAUCUCACACAAACACCUCCUUCAUGUGUAUGGCGUUAGUGUUCAUGGAGAAAAAAACAUCAUGGUACAGGAGUUCGUUAAGUACGGAGCUCUUGACCUGUACUUGAAAAGAGGACAAUCUCUGUCAGUGAGCUGGAAACUCAACGUUGCCAAACAGCUUGCAUGCGUCCUCAAUUAUCUGGAAGAGCAAAACAUUGUUCAUGGAAAUAUCUGUGCCAAAAAUCUGCUGGUGGCCCGAGAAGAAGACCCCUCCCUGGGUAUCUCUCCAUUUAUCAAGCUGAGUGACCCAGGCAUCAACGUCGUCAUGCUGGGAAAAGACGCCAUCCUGCACAGGAUCCCCUGGGUGGCACCUGAGCUGCUUGAUUCUCCAGACAGCCUGACCCUCCAGUGCGACAAGUGGAGCUUUGGUGCCACUAUGUGGGAAAUCUUCAACAAUGGACAUCCCCCUUUGCAAAGCUGGAAUCUUUAUGAGAAGGAGAAGUUUUAUGAGAACAAGCAACAGCUGCCUCCCUCCCAGUGGACAGAGCUGGCAGAUCUGAUUGGUCAGUGCAUGGACUACGACGCAGCUUUCAGGCCAUCUUGUCGCAGUAUUAUCCGUCAACUCAACAGUCUGGUCACAUCAGACUAUGAGAUACUUCACGCCACUGAGCCGGUCACUCAGAGUUCUGUGUGCAGAGUUUUCAGUCCUGCUCUGCACGACCACGCAGCGUUUGAGGAGAGACACUUGCGCUACAUCCGCCCACUGGGAAAAGGGAACUUUGGCAGUGUUGAGCUGUGCCGUUACGAUCCGCUGGGUGAUAACACUGGUGAACUUGUGGCUGUGAAGAAGCUGCAGCCCAACAAACAGUCCAACCUGGACGACUUCCUCAAGGAGAUCAGAACUCUCAGUGUUUUACACUGUGACUACAUUGUCAAAUAUAAAGGAAUCUGCUACAGCAUGGGCCACCUCAGUAUGAACUUAGUGAUGGAGUACAUGCCCCACGGCAGCCUCAACGGCUACAUGGAGAGCAACAGGCAGAACAUCAACACCAGGCGCAUGCUACUAUUUGCCUCUCAGAUCUGUAAGGGGAUGGAGUACCUGCACAGCCUGCGUUACAUCCACCGAGACCUCGCUGCCAGAAAUAUUCUUGUUGCCAGUGAGUCGCUGGUAAAAAUCGCUGAUUUUGGAAUGACCAAGUUUAUUCCUCAAAACACCGAGUACUACCGGAUUCAACAGCCUGGACAGAGCCCCCUCUAUUGGCUUGCUCCCGAAUCGCUCAACGACUCAAAGUUCUCCCACAAAACCGAUGUCUGGAGUUUUGGGAUCCUCCUUUAUGAGCUCUUCUCCUACUGUGACAAGAACUACAGUCCCAAAAAAAUCAUUUUGCAGGAACUUGAACACAACUUGCAAGGCAUACCCGUCUCAAUGCGCCUUGCCCAGAUUCUGUCCAGCAGCUGGAGGUUGCCGGCUCCUCCGAACUGCCCACCUAAGGUGUACGGUCUGAUGAAAAAAUGCUGGGAAUACGAGUUUUAUGAGCGACCGGAUUUCCCUGCCCUGGCAGAUCAGAUUGAAACCAUCAUGCAGGAUGAAAGAGAGAACUCAAAAGGCUGA